GUGAAUGUAGCUUACCCAUUUAGCCUAGCAACAGACGAAGGGUUUAUCUUGGCCACCAGUCGUUUUCUGUCACUUUACAGUCGGAAACAUCACAGGUUUUGGAUAUUCGAUCGACACAUGGAUGAGGUGGAUGAAGUACCGGACCUGUAUUUGUCAGAGGAUGAACUGGGAGCCGCUUCACCAACUGCGCCUCCUAACAUUGGCUCACUCUAUGUUAGACUUCACUGGCCCCGGCCCGAGGUGGACCUACCAAAAAGGUGGGCGCCUAUGCUUCAGAAAGCACUCCAGUCGUGGUUUAAUACAGCUUUGGCAGAUGAAAUGGACAUCAGCUGCAAUAUUCAUAGACUAGAGCCUCUGGAAACCCCAGGUUGUGCAGUGGUGAAGAUAACACCUUUCUCAGCUCUUGAUGCUUUACUGAGCAAGAAAUCAUCCAGUCUGACUUUUAAAGACUUGAAACAGACAGCUGUUGCACACUUUUACAGUAGUGCUCAGAUGAUUGACACAGCUGAAAAAAACAACCCCUCAUAUUCCUCUGGUGAGGGGUCCCUCUUUCAGAUCCCAAUGAAGGUGAACGCAGUGGUGGAUGUGCAAAAAUGCAGCUCCCAGAUACGAGCUGAAGUAAUGGAGAAGUUCAAAAAGUACAGCUUAGGGGCAGAUUGCCUAUCCAUGCAGGGGACCCUAGAGGAGGUGAACAUGUUUUAUGCAGAACUCUGUCAGACAGUCAUGCAAAAGGAGCAGGGUGAGAAUGAUGAGUCAUUGAGUACAGUUCCAGUUGGGACACAAGCCUCAGAAGUGGAUGGGUCGUCUCAGGAAGUAAGCUGCCGUGUCCCCUUCUCCCAGUACCAGGCGGCCUGUCAAACAUAUAGAAAGGAGAUGGCCUUGAUAGAGAGAGAAAACAAUGUGAAGAUUCAAGCAGAAAUGAUUCUGAACUUCAAAAACAGAGAAACUGGCAGUGAUAUGAGAUCGAAAGCCCGCGAGGACAUGACCAGACUUCUUCAGAAUGGUGUGGAGACUCCUCGCUCUCGAUCAGACCCUCUUGCAGGCACGACUAUGAGCACCUCAGAAUUCCUGGUUCCAAAAAAAGACGCGAGCUCUCACUCAAGGGCUCUUGAUUGUCCUCAAGAGAACUGUUCUGGUAAAACGGAGCGCAUUUCCGAGGCAGUGUGCAGAGAAAAGGGACCAACCGAGGGAGAGGUAAAGAAACAUGAGAGAGGCCAGCCAGUAGGACCAGACGUGUCAACGAGACUUUUGGAAACUGGAAAAAUGAAAGAGUGCACGAGAUCAGGAAUGCAACAAGGAAAAACGGCAGACUUGACUGCAGCUGGACAGCCUGGUACUGUGGCUGAUGGGGCCAGCUAUCCUAGCGCAGAUGGAACAACGUCUGGCAGUCUUGGAGAUCAACCGAAGGGCACAAUGUCAAUCCGCAAAGAGCGCGAGAGUCUGCCAGGCUUUCUAGGUCACGACACAAUUGUAAUCGAUUAUGAUAUCCCAAGUGCUGUCCAGACAAAUGAUCAUCCCAACCCAGGAAAGCCGUUCGAUGGUCUCCAAGUGAGCGCUUACCUGCCAAACAGCCCUGAGGGUCAACAGGUGGUUCGACUCCUGAAAAAGGCCUUUUCACAGAGGCUUGUGUUUACUGUGGGGGUGUCCCAUAACGCUGGAAAAGAUGGAUGUGUCAUCUGGAAUGGCAUUUCUCACAAGACCAGCAAAUAUGGAGGGCAUUUGAGUAAUGGCUACCCAGACCCAGACUACAUAAAGCAGGUGAAGCAGGAGCUGAAAGCAAAGGGAAUUGAAUGAAUGGAUGGAUGAAUUAAUGAAUGAAUGAAUGAAUUAAUUAAUUAAUGAUGCAGCUGUGGUAUGGAUGGUGGACAUGUAGGCAUGUUCAUCAUUUAGGCCUACAUACAUCCAGUGAGCCAUGCAUGACCCUUACUGUUAUCUGUUCAUGAGACAUAAUAAACGUAUAAGUCUAUUAUGUAUCAAUUGAAUAUAUCAAGAUGUAUAAAAUAAUGUUUUUUUUUUUUUUUUAUGUUUUAUAACAAUUUUAUCAUCAAAGUUUAGACUUGUUGUUGUAUCAGGUGAAAUUGUAGAGAUUGGUUAUGGUGGUGAAAGCAGGUGUAUGUUUAUGAUAAUUAAUUGUUCUAAUCCAAGGACAAUUUGUAUCCAGAAAGAUCAUUUUUACAAUGAUUUCCAUUAUGGAAGAGUUGGAAUUAUAUUUCUUGUUGUGUGAUUUUAUCUGGAGAAAUCAUUGGUGCAAGUGACUGUUUAUGGUAGUCAGCAACUGUUAGUCAAGGCAGUCAGCAUUAUUUUUUUAGUUUCCAUCCCCAAUAAACCUGAGUGCUAGCCUAGAAAUCUAGACGCACCCUAGAGCGGCAAUAAUGUAUAGUUUGGCUUGCCAGGCUACCUGAGUGCAGGAAUAACCAAAGAGUGCUAUACGCUCUAACAUCUUUUGGGAAUAUCUUUCUCCAUUUUGGCUGGUGAAGCUACAGUCCUCUUGAACAAAAUAGAGGUAGGCCUAACUGUUUCCUGAUGAUGGCAAUUGCAACUUCAUAAGGAGUAAUGAAACAACUGAAGACCAAAGUCCUGAAGCUAUUUUGCUGGGAAACUGAAGUGCUCCUUUUCCAGGCAGAAAUUCCAGUUGUUCAAAAGUGAUCUGAUCAUAUUUCAGAUAUUGGAUUGGAUUGCAUUUUGAAAAAUGGGUUGUUCAUAGGAGAGACCGGAUCCUGAUAUCAGAACAGAUCACAUAAUCCAAUCUUGUUUUUGGAUCAAUUUUUCAGUAUGCAUUGUUAAAAUGUAGGGAUUGGGAUUGAUUGAAAAAUGUUGGACCAUAUCCUGAUCCCGAGGGAUGAAUCCAGGGUGGGUUACAGACACAAUAUGUAAUAAAACAUUACAAUUGGUCAAAUAAUAUACUUUGUUCAUUGUGUAUUUGA